UGUCAUUCUGAACUACAGCUGGGCGCCAGCUGAUAGAAAAUUGAGCGAGAAAAGUCAAUAAGGGUGUGCAUUUAUACUAUUGAUAACGUGGCGAUAUAGUAAAAUUGCGUUGUUAUGUGAAUUACAGGUGUUGUUUUUGUUGAUAGUGAAGUAAAAUGUCUGUUCAAAAUAUCGCUGUGAAACUUUGCGGUGUUUUGCAAGGCCAAAGUGAAGAAGAAGUGACCGCACGAGAAUGGCGCUUGCUCGGGCAAGAGGAAGACGGUUCGCAAGUGCUCUCAUGGGUCUCGACAAAGGACGACAAAGAAGUGCUAAACAUUGGUGUCUACACCAACAAAACGAAAUCUCUAGCCAUUCUACACACAUUUGAGGAGAAACUUAACAUUAUUCAGGCUUCAGUCAACGCGAGUCACAGCCUGAUCGUUUAUUCCGUGAAACAACUGCCUACUGAAGAUUCUGAGAUAAAGGAGCCCCUGUACUGUCCAUAUUUGAUAUGUCUCCUGCCGGACAAGGAUAGAGCUCCGCAGGAGAUUGAGGAAGGAUCUACAAAGCAGAUUAUGGUGCAAUAUGUAUAUGGAAAAAGCAAUAAGUAUAGUCCUGGAAUAAGGAACGAUAGAUUCUUGCUAUUUAAGCAUUUGGAAUAUAUCAAAGUAUACCGGAGCCCUUUGUUCUUGAACGAGUGUGAGGACGGCAGCGAGCGCUGGGGCUUCGACGGCGUGUACACGGAGCCCGAGACUGUAGUGAAGGUGUUCUCGUGGGCGCAGUGGGACGCCACCAACCAGGUGCUGUACUACAUCCACUACCGCGCGCCCGCUCAGAGCUUCGCCGAAGAAGAAGUCAAGUCUCCGUGCGACGUCUCUCCGACACUGUCCGCUCUGCAAUUCCAUGCUGAUCUUCCUCACGAGACCGUGCUGAAUAUCCCACUUUCUCUCCCCCACCUCCACGCGUCGUCGUCGGCCUGCGGCGCCUAUGAGGACGACCCCGUGCCUCUCCGCAUCCACGACUGUUCUCUAGACUUGAGUAUAGCUUGCCGGUCGAAAGGAGUACUGUGCGUCAUGCAUCAUUAUCUGUAUAAGCCCCUCGACGACUCCACGACCUCCCUGGUGCUCGAAGACAGCGCGGACCUCAAAGACUCAGGAGUCAACUUCGCCUACUCCGUGACAGUACUGCAACAUGGAUGUGUCAUACACAGUGUGCUGCCAGAUCUGCCUUGGACGCUAGCUAAGGCCCUGAGACCGUCCCACACCCUGUAUAAUGAGGACCACCUUCUAGUCCACAUACCGAACCUCUUCACCCACCUCAUCGACAUCAGCCCAGACCACUCGCCGUGCAACCAUAUAGUGCUGCCUUGUGAUGAAGCGGGGGGUGCACUGGCCCCGCUGCUCGGCUGGGGGCCGCACGCCAUGGUUGAUCUCUCUACGCUAGAUGUCGUAACACUGAGCAUAUCCGAGAAAGAUCUCGUGUCGGCGUUCAAAAACACUGUUGCUGAGAACAAGAUAGCCAUCGUGCACUAUCUAGUGGAGCACGACGGUAACACAGAGCUCGCUGAAGAGCUGAUAUCCUGGUUGUGUCUAAACCAGCGUCCAAAAGACGGCGACGUUUUCGUCCGAGUAAUGCAAGAGUAUCUCAUUGCGAGCGCAUUCUCUCUGACAAGGCGCUCGCUGCCCGCCUCCGCUGUCCCACUGUUGGACUACCUACCCAGCGUGCUGCAGACCGAGCUCAAUGACGUUAGGGUCCGCGACGUGUGCGUAAGCGUGAGCCUCGAGCAGCUGUGGUGCGGAGCCAGCGUGGUGCUGGCGCCGCGGCAGCGCGUGUGCCCGUUCAGCGAGGACGCGUGGACGCGGCUGUGGCGCCGCCUGGCCGCGCCCGCGCCGCCGCGCGCGCAGCCGCGCGCCGUCGGCAGGCGGCUGGCCAUGACCAUGCAUUGCUACCAACCGGAAGCGCUGUCCCGCGGCAGCACCCCGCUGUCGCCGCUGGCGCCGGGCGGAGGGCUGGGCGCGCUGGGCGCGCUGGCGGCGCCGCGCCGCGCCUCGGCGGCCGCGCACGACGCGCUGCCCUUCGUGGAGCUGGACGUGUGCACGGCCAGCAGGCAGGAGCACGUCACUGCCGCGAACCUCCGCGCCAUAAGCACGCACCUGCUGCGCGGGGUGGGCGGGGGCGGCGGCGCGGGGGCGGGCGGGGGCGGCGCCGGCGCGGGCGCGGACAGCGUGCACGCGGCCGCCACGCGCUACGUGUCGGCGCAGCUCGACGCCGCCAGGGCGCUGUGCCGCGCCGUGUGCAGGGCCGUCGGGGCCACCACGCAGCAGCAGAAGGGAUUCGCCUUCAUUGAAGAAAUGGAAGCAACCCACGCGCUAAUCGUGUUCAAAGUGCUGGAGCAGUACUACCUAGCGUGUGUUCGUAUCUCUUUCCCUCUCCCCGCGGGCUUCAGCUCGUGGUUCGCCCGUCUCGCUCACCGCGCGCUGCCCUUCCCCUCAUUGGUGGGACUUGUGCACAGAGGGGUUUUAGAAAUGCAGAUAGAUGUCAUGAAGGAUAUCAUCGCUACGAAAGACACAGACGAGCGCACAGUGAACAACAAGUUGCGGCUGAUCCAGCUGAUCGGGGAGGGCCGCGCGCGCCGCACGCUCGCUGCGUGGCCACACAGGGCUGCACUCGUGCUGCGCGCGCGCGAGCACGCGGCUGCGCUGCUGUCGGGCUCCGGCGCCGGCGCCGCGCCCGCCGAGCGGCGCCCCAAGCCGCACGACCACGGCAUCGCAGCGCUCCCAUCCGGCGAGCGACUGUCUCCUCUGGACACGUUCCUGGACCUCCUCACAGCAAAGGCUUCUCUCAACGAACUGGACUUCAACCUCAUCAUUGAGGCCACCUUGGCUCUCGUACAGCAGGACGCUGCCAACUAGAAUAAGCUACUAAUUUAAUCUACCGUUGACAAUUUUUUGUUUCAUUUGUGACUUUCCUCGCCUAAUUAUAGCAAGGCGGAUUCUAGAUGUUUCGUUAAAUUUUGUUUUUGUGCCAGGAUAAUCCUAAACCAUACUGUUAAAUGAUAAUUUGCAAAGUUAAUGCGAAGACAAACGUGACUCUUGCCUGUCCAAUUAUUUACUGAUAAGAUUUAAACAUUUUUAAAGGGUUUACAUACUUUAGUUAGCCAAGGACUAAGUUUUAGGGUCGACUUUUAGAUACAUGUAGCUCUUUGUUUUUCAAUUUGGAUGAAAUUUGAUGUUCCUUGGAGGACCUAAUAAGACAGAAGGCUGGUCAAGUAGGUCUCGAUAUGUCUACUACUAGCGCCAUCUAUCAUUAAACGUAUUAACAUACGCCGCGAAUUAGCAAAAUGCUGUUUUUCCAUAUUCUUAUCUUAGUUCAAAUUAGUACAAAAACGCGAAGUGUACUGCAAAAAAUUAGCUUUUAAGGUGAUCUCAGCUGUUGUAUUGAUAAAAUUGUUGUACUUUAGUUAUUGUCGUAAACUUAACAUUCCAAUAUCAUUGUCAUUCCAUUGUGAAUUUCUUAUCCAUUAAUGAUAGC